AUGUUUCUAGUAGUAUUAUUAUUAGGUUCCGUACAUGCUAGAAUAUUCCAUAAGCCACGCGAAUUCCGCUGCCAGUCCCUGAUUGUGUUCGGUGACAGUCUCUCGGAUGAUGGCGUCGAAGCCAUCGGCGAAUCUCAUGGAUUCGCUCGUAAUUCGAACGGGAAAAUCUGGCCUGAAUACGUGGAGCGAAUGCUACAAUGCGACGAGUACUUAAACUAUGCGUACAGCGGCGCUAAAAGCAGUAUGGAUAAUUUCUACUUUGACGGUUGGUCAGGUGUUAGUUGGCAAGUACAGAAAUAUCUUGAGAAUCAUUUACAUCUCAGCGGAGAACCACUCAUAAUCUUCCAAACAGGAGGAGUGAUUGACUAUUUUACUGGUGAGAAGGAUACGACUACAGUAGUGGCUAAUAUUGAAGCUAGUAUGGAAAAUAUCACAAAGGUGAUGAACUCCGGCACUUUAAUUGUGCUAACUCUCAUGGAUCUUGGCACGGCACCAGGUGUGCGAGCAGCAGAAGAGAGUGCCGAUCUACAACAACGACUCGGUGAACUGGUUGCAGAAACGAAUAGGCAAUUAUCACGGAUUGUUUUCGAUUCGGAACGAGGAACACGUCAACUCUAUCCAAAACUAAGAAUUCGUCUAUUAGACGUCAAUCCGAUCGUUAUGGAAGCGAUGAAUUCGUUGAAUAGUACGGUACCGUUCACCUACCACAAUGCUAGCGUCAGACCACGUUCCGUCUACAAUUAUGCAUAUCAUGAUCUUUGGAAUCCGUCCACAAUAGUACACUAUGCGCUUGCCGAAGAAAUUGUGAAACAAUUACAGGAUCUUUAG